CUUCUGCAGCUGGCACGGCCCCCCAUCAAUGCAAUACAAUUACUAAAUAAGGAUAAUUACGUAGUUACAGCAAAAGCGAGGGGCAAUUUUCCCGUUGGAUUCCCCAAAUCCUCAAUCCCCAUCUGUAAGCGAGUGAAUAGAGUUAAGGAGAUUACUGUGAAAAGUGGUGUCCAACCAACACCAACCUUCCCCCUUCCUCUCCUCCCCCUGGUCCACCACCGCCAUCUCUCUCUCUCGCGCUCUCGCUCUCUUCUUUAUAUGCGCCUAUCCACACACUAAACACUUCAGGGCUCAAAGAUACACUCCCUCAACCCACCACUGUUUUGAGCCCACCCUCACCCAUCCCAUCCUCUCCCUAAGAUUGAUUCAAGCUGAAGCUGCCGGUUUUAUUCUCUACUGGCUAAUGACGUCUCCGCCGGACACAAGCAAGACCACGAAGCUGGAGAGAUACAACAGCUACAUCCGGCGAGUGAACAGCACCAAGCUCCUCUCAGCUUCCUCCAAGCUUCUCUUCCGCGCCACCCUUCUCGUCGCUCUCGUUCUCGUCUUCUUCUUCACCCUCAACUACCCCCCACUCUCCGACCACCCUACUCGCCACCACUCCGCCGCCAUCCAUCACCACAACUUCCUCUCCAAUGCAUUCUACGGCGCCGGCGCCUCCUGGGAGAAGCAGGUCCGCCACUCCUCCACCCCUCGCCGCCCCAACGGCCUCUCCGUCCUUGUCACCGGCGCCGCCGGAUUCGUCGGCUCCCACUGCUCCCUUGCCCUCAAAAAACGCGGCGACGGCGUCCUCGGUCUCGACAACUUCAACUCCUACUACGAUCCCUCACUCAAACGCGCGCGUCAGGCCCUAUUGGCCAAGCACCAGAUCUUCAUUGUGGAAGCAGACCUCAACGACGUCCCAAUUCUCUCUAAGCUCUUCGAUGUGGUCCCCUUCACUCACGUCCUCCACCUCGCGGCCCAGGCCGGCGUCCGGUACGCGAUGCAGAAUCCCCAAUCUUAUGUGAGAUCCAAUAUCGCUGGAUUCGUGAAUCUCCUCGAGAUCGCGAAGUCUGCCGAACCCCAGCCGGCCAUCGUCUGGGCAUCGUCCAGCUCCGUCUACGGUCUCAACACCCAAAACCCUUUCUCCGAGCUCCAUCGAACGGACCAGCCGGCGAGCCUCUACGCCGCCACGAAGAAGGCCGGCGAAGAAAUCGCGCACACCUAUAACCACAUUUACGGCCUCUCCAUCACCGGCCUCAGGUUCUUCACGGUGUACGGACCCUGGGGGAGACCCGACAUGGCGUAUUUUUUCUUCACCAAGGACAUACUGCAGGGGAAGGCGAUAAGCAUAUACAAGACGCAAGACGACAAGGAGGUGGCGCGUGACUUCACGUACAUCGACGACGUGGUGAAAGGGUGUCUGGGGGCGCUGGACACGGCGGAGAAGAGCACGGGGAGCGGCGGAAAGAAGAAGGCUCCGGCGCAACUGCGGAUCUACAACCUGGGGAACACGGCCCCCGUGUCGGUGGGGAAGCUGGUGGGGAUCCUGGAAGGACUGUUGAACGUGAAGGCGAAGAAGCACGUGAUCAAGAUGCCCAGAAAUGGGGAUGUGCCCUUCACACAUGCCAAUGUCAGCAUGGCUUAUAGGGAUUUUGGGUAUAAGCCCACCACCGAUUUGGCCACUGGGUUGAGGAAAUUUGCCAAGUGGUAUGUUGGAUAUUACGGGAUUCAGUCGAGGGUGAAAAAGGAAUCCCAAAGUGAACGCAUCGACGCUCAUUCCUAGUGCGAGCGAGGUCAUUCCAUUUCCACCCAUCAAAUGGUAAAUCCAUUUUUUCCCCUUAUUGGGGUUAAAUGAAAAUCCUGUUUUAACUUUUAAGUUAUCCAUCCUUGUUGUACCGGAUCAUUUGUUUUUUUUUUUUCCCCUGGUCUUUGUUGUAGCAUAGAUAGAGAAAGAAUUUAUAUAGGAGAUGAAAUGGAAAGACAAAUAAAAAAAUAAAAAAAAAAAGGAAGGAAAGUGUAGAUCUCUGAAAUGGCUGUAAUAAUGUAUUAUUUGGGUGUAAAGCCGCUGGAUGGAUUCUGCUGGAAAGGGCGCAGACCAACCGUUGUGUUUUAGUCAAUAUUUGUGAAUGAUUGAACAACAAUGAUGACACUAGAGAUUCUUCUU